UUGGCUGGCGAGCUGGCUGCGCAGGGGCGGGGGCGCCGCCGAAGGGGACUGUUUGCUCCUACGGGCUGUAGAUGGAGCUGUCCGGCCCCGGCGAGGGGGAAGGCGCCUGGAAAACGUUCUUCUUCUCCCUGGCCGGCCCGAGCGGGGAACAGGACUCCCAGGAUGCAGUUUGUGUCAACACGGCCGCAGCCUCAGCAGCUGGGCAUCCAGGGCCUGGGGCUGGACAGCGGGAGCUGGAGCUGGGCCCAGGCUCUGCCCCCGGAGGAGGUCUGCCACCAGGAGCCGGCGCUGCGCGGGGAAAUGGCCGAGGGAAUGCCGCCCAUGCAGGCUCAAGAGUGGGACAUGGAUGCCCGGCGACCGAUGCCUUUUCAGUUCCCGCCCUUUCCGGAUAGGGCACCUGUCUUCCCUGACCGCAUGAUGAGAGAGCCCCAGCUGCCUACGGCAGAGAUCUCACUCUGGACUGUGGUGGCUGCCAUUCAGGCCGUGGAGAGGAAGGUGGAUGCCCAGGCCAGCCAGCUGCUAAAUCUGGAGGGGCGGACGGGGACAGCCGAGAAGAAGCUGGCGGACUGCGAGAAGACUGCCGUGGAAUUCGGGAACCACAUGGAGAGCAAGUGGGCUGUGCUGGGGACCCUGCUGCAGGAGUACGGGCUGCUGCAGAGGCGGCUGGAGAACAUGGAGAACCUGCUGAGGAAUAGGAACUUCUGGGUGCUGCGGCUGCCACCGGGCAGCAAAGGAGAAGUCCCCAAGGUUCCCGUGACGUUUGUCGACAUUGCCGUUUACUUCUCUGAGGAUGAGUGGAAGAACUUGGAUGAAUGGCAGAAGGAGCUUUACAACAACCUUGUGAAGGAGAACUAUAAAACCCUGAUGUCCCUGGACCCUGAGGGUGCAGGGCCCAAGCCAGAUGCUCCUUCCCAGGUUGAGCCCAGGGAAGAGCCUUGCGUGUGGGAGCAGCGUGACCCAGAAGAGAGAGAAAUCCUAAUGGACCCAGACACAGAAGCAGAGCCCCUGGUGCCUGCACAGGAUUCGUCCUCUCAGGUGAAGCGAGAGGAAGCCCUGUGUGUCCGGAAUCAGCGGAGCUUGGAGGAAAGAGCCAUCCCCACGGAGUCCAUUACUGACUCACCGGCCUCUGCCCAGGACCUCUUGUCCCGAAUUAAACAGGAGGAGCACCCAUGUGUAUGGGAUCAGCAGGAUCUGGCAGAGAGAGAUAUUCCAACGGACCCCAAUUCAGAGUCUCUGAUCUCAGCACAUGACAUUUUGUCAUGGAUCAAGCAGGAGGAGCAGCCAUACCCAUGGGGUCCACGAGACUCAAUGGAAGGAGAGCUCGGAUUAGAUUCUGGCCCCAGCGACAGCCUGCUGCUAGUGAAGAACCCGCCCCCUGCCCCGCAGCAGCCGCAGCCGCAGCCGCAGCCGCAGCCGCAGCCGCAGCCGCAGCCGCCUCCGCAGAGCCUGCCGGUGCUCCCGGGGGCUGAGAACCCGGGCGGCGGGCCCCCGGAAGAGGGUUUCCCCGCGCUGGCCGGGGAGCGAGGGGCGGGCGGGUCGCAGGCGGGAGGCGCGUGCAGCGGCGGGGGAGGGGCCGGGGGCGGCGCGGGGGGGCCCGGAGGGGGCGGGGGAGGCUGCGGCAGCUGCUGCCCUGGCGGCCUGCGGCGGAGCUUGCUCCUGCACGGCACGCGCAGCAAGCCCUACUCGUGCCCCGAGUGCGGCAAGAGCUUUGGCGUGCGCAAGAGCCUCAUCAUCCACCACCGCAGCCACACCAAGGAGCGGCCCUAUGAGUGCGCCGAGUGCGAGAAGAGCUUCAACUGCCACUCGGGCCUCAUCCGCCACCAGAUGACGCACCGCGGCGAGCGGCCCUACAAGUGCUCCGAGUGCGAGAAGACCUACAGCCGCAAGGAGCACCUGCAGAACCACCAGCGGCUGCACACGGGCGAGCGGCCCUUCCAGUGCGCGCUCUGCGGCAAGAGCUUCAUCCGCAAGCAGAACCUGCUCAAGCACCAGCGCAUCCACACGGGCGAGCGGCCCUACACGUGCGGCGAGUGCGGCAAGAGCUUCCGCUACAAGGAGUCGCUCAAGGACCACCUGCGCGUGCACAGCGGCGGCCCGGGGCUCGGCGCCCCUCGGCCGCUCCAGGCGCCGCCCGAGCAGGACUAGGGCUGGGCUGGGGGAGGGGAGGGCCCGGCGGCAGGAGCCGGGGGUGGGGGUUGGCCAGAGCGCCCCUGAUCCUGCCCCUGCCCGGGGUUCUCAGGGCGCCUUCCCUCCCUCGACCUGCCUCUUGUUGGAAAUUGGGAAGAGGAAUUGCACUCCACACAGGGUCCCCCAAGGGCUGGGCAGGGGGCCCCUAGAUCUGUCCUGCCUGAAUGGACUGGGCCAGUUCAUCUCAUAGGGUGGACCAGGGGGCGGGCUGAGCGUCUUCCCCCAGGGAAAGUGCUAGAACGUAGUGAGGAGGCAAGAGGCUUUGGGCAUCUCCCUCAGACACCUAGCAUGCCCGUUUGGCCACUGAGGUCACACAGUUUGUGAUCAGGGGAAGCAACUAGGGAGUCUCAGAAGCCUUCUGAGAUAAAGAAAUAAGGUCCUAUGGUUAAGAGAUAAUGAGUAAGGAAAUGGAAGUGUGACGGGAAAUGAGGGAUGAGCUAAGGGGUAACAUCUCUGAUGACAGCACUGCCUUGCGUUUAAAUAGCGCUUUAUACUUUUUUAAACGUGUUUUCUGUCCGUUAUCCGUUUUCACCCUUAGCCUGUCCCUCGAAGGUACGUGGGGUAGGAUUGUUCCUACUUGAUCACUGAGAAAAGAGCCCCAGGCGGUUACUUUACCAGGAUCACACAAGAAGAGAGCAGCAGGGCUGGGACCAGGGCUCUCCUGACCCCAGUGCAGUGUCCCCCACCACACACACUGCCUACCUCCCAUGUCCCAGAGACUUCUCCGUCCUGGCCUCUCUUGGUCUCUCUCCUGCCUCCUUCCCGAGCCACCAAAACUCAGAAGCAAGGAGGGUUACUGGGGGUGGGGAACCCAUCAGCUACACAAUGCCCUGGGUUGUGCAUCUGAAAGGCUCUUCCUGUGUUAGCUCUUCUGGGCCGCAGGUCCCCUCCCCAAGCCUGUCCUUCCCACCUGAGUCCUUCAAUCUGGUGCAGCAUCUUUUCACUGCCCAGUAGUGACCCGGCCCUCCAGAGGCAGCUGGUGCCCUGAGUCAGACCUCACUUUGUUGAUUUAUUCCAGUUUCCCCAGGGCAAAGGGGUGAGGGAGAGGCUCCUGCUGCUGGAGCAGCCAUCAAGAAAAUGAGUCUCUUCCCAGGAGGGCCGGGCAAGUGGGUGCUAGAGUCUGAGAGUCUCAGUCUCCUGCCCUGAGCCUCCCAACUGGUGCUAUCUGUUAAUUGACCAUGCUCAUGGACACAGACCCUACUCUGCCCCAGACCCUGCAGGCGCCUCGGGAGGCACCCAAAGGACUCCCUUGAGUUGGUGCAUCUGCUCCGUGGUCCUGAGGGGCCAUAGUCUCCAUUUCUGCAUUUUGCAUGACCAGGCACUGGGAUGGGGUGGUUCCCCCGGAAAACCCUUGUUUGUGUCAAGAAUGACUUUUCCUGCUCCCCCCAUCGACCCUGCUUCUCUCCCAGUGGGGAGCACAGUGGGCAGCCCACAGCCGGCACCACUUUUGUGAGCAUUCUGCUUCCGCCCUUCCCCUCAUCUGUGCCACUCUGCUUUCCUCAGACCCCUUUUUGCCAUGCAAAGGGAAUUCUCAAAAUUAAAUAAAAGGUGUCCAGAUUGCAGACUGCAUUUUCACAAGGCCAGGGGAUUCUGCAGCAUGGCUUAAUACAGUAAAGCCUUGAACUGGAGUCCAACUAACUGGUAUUUUUUUUUUUUUCCUCCUUCUGCUUUCUAAGAAGAGAUGAGAAGUUAAACAGACAAGUUCAAAGGAGUUUGUUUUAGAACAGAAGGGAACACUCUAGUCCAGUGUUUUGGUUGGGAGGAGGCAAUGUUCUGCUUUAAAAAGUACAUGCAGAAAAUCAAUAUUUUCAUAAUCUAAAUCAUGGAGAAUAAGACCAACUUUUUUCCUCUCUUUUUUUUUUUUUUUUUGGGCUGUUGAGAGUGUGAAGAAGGGGAAGAAAUCACUUUUGAGACAUGGGUUUGGGACACCUGAAUAUACAGCUGGAGUCCCUCUAUUUUAAACUCAAGGAGCUGAUUCCCAAAGAGGGUUACUGACUACGCCAGUGAGAGGGGCUGUCUGGUUCCCGCAUCCUGGUCUGAUGGAAGCUACUGCACCAAGUCCCCCUCCAUGACACCACAGUCUCCUAGCACUGGCCUCAGGCAUGUCCUAGAAUGAACUCAUUGGAGCUGAUUGAUCAAAGGUGACGCUCAGUGUGGACCUCUACCAAGCAGCAGGGGUCCUCACUGUGGACUCUUGGAGUCCACUUACUGAAGCAGGAUAAAGGUCUUGCUUUUAAGGUGGA